AUGGGCUUCGGCUCAAUGGGCAUGCGCCGUCCACCAGUCGGUCAAAGCAUGAGAAGAUUCGACGAAUACUACAGAUGCUAUCCAGUCGUCAUGAUGGCAGGUCCAGAUCGAACCCAUGCCAACUAUGGAGGAAAACUAUUUCUGCCGCCUAGUGCUCUGGAAAAACUCACAAGAUUACAUAUUACAUAUCCUAUGCUGUUCGAGUUGACGAAUGGCCAGGCAGAUAAAGUAGGACAUGCUGGUGUGCUGGAAUUCGUUGCUGAGGAAGGAAGAGUAUAUCUACCACAAUGGUUAAUGCGAACUCUAGACCUUGAACCUGGUGAUCUCCUUCAGAUCAAGUCAACCGAUCUUCCACCAGGAAAAUUCAUCAAAUUACAACCUCAAUCGCCCUCCUUCCUCGACAUCUCAGAUCCUCGCGCCGUCCUCGAGAAUGCUUUCCGAAAUUUUUCCUGCCUGACCAAAGACGAUAUAUUCCAGUUUCACUACAAUGAUGAAGUCUACGAUAUCAAAGUUCUCGAAAUCAAGCCCGACAACAACCAGCAUGCGAUUGUCACCAUGGAAACAGACCUAGAGGUGGACUUUGCAACACCACUAGGCUACAAGCCGCCGGAUCCAGUCAAUAGAAGUGGAACAAGCACACCAAGAACAGCUGCAGGCGUACCUCACGGAGGAGCGGUACAUCCGUAUGCCCAGGGCACAAUGGCACAGAACAUAAAUUAUGCCUCGAUAGCACCGAACUCGACUAUACCCGAAGCAGGCGCAAAAGCCGUGUCGCAGCACUUCCUUGGGGUAGGGAAUAAGCUAAAACCUGGUAAGGGCAAGGGCAGCAGUUCUUCUACACCACUGAAGUCGUCCACACCAGUAGCUGGCCAGAGUACGAAUACUCCGCCACCAGUGGCUACAGCAGGGAUUGUGACAAAUGAAAGUCUGAGUGCGAAUAGACGCUAUGCAAAUGCACCACAGCCAUUACGAUUACCACCCAACAAGCUGUUCUUUGGCUAUGAAAUAAAGCCGGUGCGGAAAAAGGACGAGAAUGGUGAGCCUGUGGCUGGCGAUGAGGUGAAGCCCAAGUUCCAAGGACAGGGUCAAACAUUGAAAGGGCUGAAGAAAGACACGAAGAAGUAG